GUGUUUGACAAUCGACAGUUGAACCGUUUAAUCUCCAGAUUCUCUGUCGGAGCCGCGACGGAGCUCCUGUUGUGGUGUGACGUCAUAAAACUGCGACUCCCGCUAAAACGUAUUUUGAACGCGACCUCCCCCGGUAAUAAUAAGGUCUCAUGGACUUCACCGAGUGCUACAGCGACUCCGUCUCCGGUUUGUCCUCCGCGGCUCGGUCCGGAUCCAGGAAGCGGCUCCGGCGGCUCCUGAGGACAGGAUGUAGCCCGGAGACAAGGGACAACCGCGGCUGGACGGCGCUGCAUGAGGCCGCUGCAGCUGGAAGACAGGACUGUGUCCGGGACAUCCUGUCCGCCGUCCGGGCCCGUUCGUCUCGCCGUCUCUCUGUCUUGGUCAACUCUUUGACUCAUGAGGGGGAGUCUGCGUUUUACCUGGCGGCCCAGCGAGGACACCUGGACGUCCUCCGUCUCCUCCUGGACGCUGGGACCGACAUGAACCAGCUGACCAAUGACCUGUCCUGUCCUCUGUAUGCAGCUGUGGACAGUGGACAUCAGGCCGUGGUGGACUUCCUGGUCAGAGAAGGAGCUGAAGUCAACAGAGUCCACACAGCGUCCUGCUGGACAUGUCUCCACCAGGCUGUCUACAAGGGCCUGGGGGACAUGGUGAGGGUCCUGGUGGGGGUCAGUGACCUGGAGGCUGUGGACGACCACAGGAUGUCUCCUCUGUUUGUGGCGGCUCAGUAUGGACGGACAGAGUGUCUGGAGAUCCUGGUGGACGCCGGUGGGACGGCUGCUUUCUUCCUCAUGUCCUCAUGUCCAGAUGUGUCCUCUGUGUUAAAUGUGUCCUCCGUGUCCUCAGGAGCUGACGUGAACUCCCAGGCCGCUGACCUGGCGUCUCCUCUGCUCAUAGCGUCUCAGGAAGGACAUCGGGCCUGCGUGGACGUCCUGUUGGACCACGGAGCUGAUCCCAACACCGUCUGCAGCCUGGAGUGGCCUCAGCUGGCCGUCCACUCCGCCGCACAGUUUGGACACGUCGGCAUCCUCCGCCGGCUCGUUGCCGUCACAGAUAGACAUUGUGACCGGGGGGAGGACAUGGUGAGUCCUCUGUACGUGGCCGUCCACAGCGCUCAGACCCUGAGUGUGGAGACGCUCCUGGGGGACGGAUUCAGCCCCGAUGCCCAAGACUGCACCUCCAGCCUGGGCUUCAGCUCCCCCCUGUCCCUGGCCCUGAGCCAGCCCCCCAGCAAACCCUCCAGGGACUCGGUGUCGUUGCUGUUGGCAGCAGGAGCCCGUCUGACUGAGGAGGAAUGGCUCCGUGUUGUGGGCCCUGAUAAGACGGAGCUGCUGCAGCUGAUUCUGGACCACAGAUGGAUCCCGGGACCCGGGGCCUUGUCCAGCGAUGGUCCCCGGACUCAGCGUGAAGGGAGGACGGCGCUGAGGCUGCAGGAAGUCCGGGGGCUCCUGUGUGUGGCCCUGGACCAGGUCCAGUCUGCUGCCUCCUGGCUUCCUGUGCUCCUGGAGGCUGGACUGGAGCCGUCGCUGCUGCUGCAGCCCCACAUGUUGGACCAGGCGGACAGCGAGGUCCUGAACUUCCUGCUGGAGUUUGUCAACUGGUCCACUCUGGCCCCGGCUCUGAGACGGGUUCUGGAUCGACGGCGCUCUGAAAACACCUGGAGACCACGUCCACACUUUGACGCCGUCCCUCGUCUGUCCCACCUCUGCCGGCUGCAGGUCAGAGCGACGCUGGGGUCAGACCUCCUGAUCAGGACCAGCGUGGUCCAGCAGCUCCACGUGCCCUCGCCUCUCCACCGCUUCCUCAGGUUCAGGGACGUCCUGGAGGAGGCUCCCUGUAGACCUCCAGACCCGGACUCACAUCACACCCAGGGACACGAACACAGACACGUCCUUUAAACCCAGUUCAAACACCACAUAAACAAAAAGAAGAAGAUGAAGUCACGACUGGAGUCUUUCUCAGGAGCAGCUCAAAGGAAACAAAGAGACUUUUUGGAUAUGUUUUAUGUAUAAAUCAAUAAAUAGAUUAAGUCCAGUUUAUUUCCUUUCGGUGUGUUUGGAUAAAUCUUGACCUGGACGACACUUUGAACUCUUAACAUUAUUGUUAUAUUAUUUUUAUAUUUAUAUUUUAUUUGUUCCGUUUGUUUUAAUUCCUGUUAAUAAACCUGUUCUCUUCAUGCUUUAUAUCCA